AUGACUAAUAAUAUUCCUUCACUUCAGGUAUAUAGUGAUGUCCUUGAAGUUGCAUACGUGGAGGACUCAGGAAACCAUUUCCCGAACCCAAUCCUUCCGAGCCCAACCCCGAGAAAAAUCAUGUCGGACUUUGCGACUUUCCUCAGUCAGGCUCCGCCAGUGAGCAGGGUCUUCGCUGGACUUACGUUUUUAUUAUCGCUCUCUGCUCAUGUCUUGAGGCUCCGAGCCGUGCACCCGUACUACCUAACAUGGUAUGCGCCUAUGGUGUUUAAUACUACACGGCCUGAAAUAUGGAGGAUCGUGACCUCGUUUAUGAUAACGAGACCUGGCAUGUCGAUUAUCCUGACACCUUUCUUCCUGUAUAAAUACUGUAGCGACUGUGAGACAACAAAGUUCCUCAGAUCCGGAGACUUAUUAGUAUUUGUGCUCUUCUGUGGAUUUGUGAUUCUACUCCUAAACACCUUCAUCCUACAAGGCAUGCUCCUCUGCCCUGCCAUGACUGCCGCCCUGGCAUACUACUGGACCGCUCUCGAGAACAAAAACAACUCGGUCAACUUCUUCAUCGUCCGCUUUCCGGUAAAGUACCUCCCUUGGGUCAUGAUUUUUGUCACUCUAGUGGCAGAAGAUGUCGGCUCAGCCCUCGUCGAAGGAACCGGCAUCAUAGCAGCUCACCUCUACCUCUUCCUCACAAACAUCUGGCCCCGUGUCGCCGGCGGUCGACACGUAAUUUACACUCCGCAGUGGGUUCACGGAUUAUUUGAGGAGCGCGGUGAUCCGGCUACUAGGGGUAUUCGCGCUGGCGUCCCGCCUUCCGUGGCUGCGGCAGGGCCUGCUGGAGGUGCGAGCGCUACUGGGAGGAGCAUGUUCGCGCCGCCGGGGACUUGGACCCAUAGGGGGCAGGGGCAUCGGUUGGGGAGCUAGGCGGUUUCCUGAAUUGGGGUUGGCGUGGUGCGAUGGGAUAAAUUAAGUAGAUAAUAUUAGGAUAGGUGUUAUGGGGAUCGUUAGAAAAUGUAGCUGACUUUCCCUCUUGAUUUUGUUUCACAUUUUUCUAUAUACCUCGCUGUAUGUUGGUAUGUCGGCAUGCCGAGGUGGAAAUGGGUCCUUUGUAUUGCAUUUUUAGGCACGAAAAAAUAUAAAUAUAUAGCUAUUGAAUUAAA